CCUCAUAUUCACCCCUUUCUCUUGACAACCUUAAAACUCACGGAUACCAAAACAUCCAUUAUGAACAAACUUCUUUCUUCUUUUCUUACUUUAUGUUUUCUUGUUCUCGUCUUUGAUACUCCGACCAGUAAUGCCACUGGUCGGAAUAUGGUAGACGGGAUAUUUCUGCCGAGCCAGAAAAAUGAGCAACCGUAUCGAACCGGUUAUCAUUUUCAACCACCAAGUAACUGGAUGAAUGAUCCCAAUGGACCAAUGUUAUACCAAGGCGUCUACCACUUCUUCUACCAAUACAACCCACUGGCCCCCACUUUCGGCACCAUCGUGUGGGGCCACGCCGUAUCCCACGACCUCGUCAACUGGAUCCACCUAGACCCGGCAAUCUACCCGACCGACGAACCCGACAUCAGCAGCUGCUGGUCCGGAUCCGCCACCAUCCUCCCGGGUAACCUUCCAGCCAUGCUCUACACCGGUAGCGACUCCACUUCCCGCCAAGUCCAAGACCUCGCCUGGCCUAAAAAUCGCUCCGACCCGUUUCUCCGCGAAUGGGUCAAAUCCACCCACAACCCGAUAAUAACCCCACCCGAAGGCGUCAAAGACGAUUGUUUUCGAGACCCGAGCACCGCGUGGCUCGGGCCCGAUGGCUUAUGGCGAAUUGUUGUCGGUGGUGAUCGUGACAACAACGGUAUGGCGUUUUUGUACCAGAGUCCGGAUUUUGUAACCUGGACUCGGUAUGAGAAUCCGCUUGCGGCAGCGGAUUCUACGGGUACAUGGGAGUGUCCCGACUUUUUUCCUGUCCCGUUGAAUAGUACCAACGGGCUGGAUACGUCUGUUGUGAGUAGUGGGAGUGUUUUGCAUGUGAUGAAAGCGGGAUUUGAAGGGCAUGAUUGGUACACGAUCGGGACGUAUAGUCCUGACCGCGAGAACUUUUUGCCGCAAAACGGGUUGAGUUUGAGUGGGAGCACGUUGGAUUUGAGAUACGACUAUGGAAACUUUUAUGCGUCAAAGUCAUUCUUUGACGAGUCGAAGAACAGGAGGGUUUUGUGGGCGUGGGUUCCUGAAAAAGAUUCGGAAGAAGAUGAUAUUGAAAAAGGAUGGGCUGGGCUUCAGUCGUUUCCAAGGGCCCUUUGGAUUGACAGAAGUGGGAAGCAGUUGAUCCAGUGGCCGGUGGAGGAGAUAGAAACACUUCGUGAAAAUGAAGUUAAGCUUAAAAACAAGAGGCUCAAAUCCGGGUCUGUUGUCGAAAUCGAGGGUGUUACUGCUUCUCAGGCGGAUGUUACAAUUUCGUUUAAAUUGGAGGAUUUGAAAGAGGCGGAGGUUGUGGAUACGUGUUCGGUUGAUCCGCAAGCACUUUGUACCGACAAGGGUGCAUCAAGCAAGGGUGUAAUCGGGCCUUUUGGUGUUUUGGCUAUGGCAUCUAAAGACUUGAAAGAACAAACCGCGAUUUUCUUUAGGGUUUUCCAAAACCAAAAAGGACGCUAUUCUGUGCUCAUGUGUAGCGACCUUAGCAGGUCUACAAUCAGAAGCACCAUCGACAAGACAAGUUUUGGCGCGUUUGUUGACAUAGAUCCUCGAUACGAUGAGAUCUCACUAAGAAACUUGAUCGACCACUCAAUCAUCGAGAGUUUCGGAGCAGGCGGAAAAACAUGCAUCACAAGUCGGGUCUAUCCACAAUUUCUUAACUAUGAGGAUGCUCAUCUUUUUGCAUUUAACAACGGCACUCAAAGCGUCAAGAUUUCUCAAAUGAGUGCUUGGAGUAUGAAAAAUGCGGAAUUUACCAUCGACCAAACCGUAAAAAGUGCAACUUAAAAAUGCUAAGGGCUUGGAUGUGUAAAAUAGAUAUGAGUAUUCUUGUUUAAAGGUAAAGUAGAACAAACAUUGGAGGCCGGAAGAGUUGUUUAGAUUUCUCUUUUGUAAAAGGUCAUUCUUUGUUGCUUUAGUAUUCCUUGUACAAAAUUUUGGAGUUUGUGGCCAUUUUUUAGGCAUUUGUAAAUUUAGUAAAUUGUAAUGCUUUGCGCAAAAGCACAUGAGCCGAGUGUAGUAUUGUACCAAAUUAUUGUUUCAUUAAUAUACUAUCAAUAUUUGAGUCA